AUGGCAACCUCAAUUGCCUCCUUACCUUCAGAGGACCAAAUGAAAACCCUCAUAAAACAAAAUGUCAAACGAACACGAUCCCUUUUCGCAGAUACCGAAUCAAUCCCCGAUCCAAAAUCUACAGAAACCGCAGAUAAAUUAGCAUUAGUAGGAAGAGUACACGCCGAAUACGAUCAUGUCCGAGAACUACCGCCUGCAUUAGCUGCGAAACAAGCUGCUGCAGCUGGAAACAGGAGGAAGAAGACUAAAGUACAAGCUGCGGAUGGAGAAUCAGCUGCCGACAAUAAUACGAUGAAGAUGAUCGAGGGAAUUCCAUCACGGAGUGAGAAUUCUGGGGCUGGAAGUAGCACCAGUCUUAUAAUCAGAGGCAAAGAUACGCCACCUAAUGCGAACGGUCCCUCAAUUUCUACAGCGCAAAGUAAUCUACCAUAUAGCAGUUUGGUGCGCAAACAAAACUUUGUCCAGCCAAAACCAGAAUGGCACGCCCCGUGGAAACUUAUGCGCGUAAUAUCUGGACAUUUGGGAUGGGUACGCGCUCUUGCUGUUGAACCAGAGAAUCGUUGGUUUGCAUCUGGAGCUGGAGACCGCACAAUUAAAAUAUGGGAUUUGGCGACUGGAGGGUUAAAACUUACAUUGACGGGACAUAUUUCGACAGUGAGGGGAUUAGCAGUUAGUCCGAGACAUCCAUACUUGUUUAGUUGUGGGGAGGAUAAGAUGGUUAAGUGUUGGGAUUUGGAGACGAAUAAGGUGAUACGACAUUAUCAUGGACAUUUGAGUGGUGUUUAUACUUUGAGUUUACAUCCUACCUUGGAUGUAUUGGUUACUGGAGGUAGAGAUGGUGUUGCGAGAGUCUGGGAUAUGAGGACGAGGAGUAAUAUUCACGUACUCUCAGGUCAUAAGGGCACAGUAUCGGAUCUGAAGUGUCAAGAAGCAGAUCCACAAGUCAUCACUUCAUCUCUAGAUUCCACAGUCCGAUUAUGGGAUUUAGCAGCUGGAAAAAGCAUGGGUGUACUUACACAUCACAAGAAAGGUGUUCGAGCACUAGCCAUCCAUCCCAAAGAAUUUACAUUCGCAAGUGGAAGUGCGGGAAGCAUUAAACAAUGGAAAUGCCCAGAGGGAGCCUUUAUGCAAAAUUUCGACGGUCAAAAUGCCAUUAUCAACACUCUCAGCGUAAACGAAGACAACGUAUUAUUUUCAGGAGGAGAUAACGGAUCCAUGUCUUUCUGGGAUUGGAAAACUGGCCAUAGAUAUCAAGCACUUGAUUCUAUUGCUCAACCCGGUUCGCUAGAUGCAGAAGCUGGAAUUUUCACCUCGUUGUUUGAUAAAACGGGUUUGAGAUUGAUGACCGGUGAGGCGGAUAAAACCAUAAAAGUAUGGAAACAAGACGAACUCGCAACUCCCGAAUCACACCCCCUCGAAUGGAAACCCGAGCUCGGUAGACGAAAAUUCUAA